CUAGUCAACGAAGGAGUGGUUGGGCAUGUUCGUUCAUUUGGUGUAGGCCGUGUAAGUCAUGACAAUCGGAGGGGUGAGAUUGAUGGUCAGCCAACGACUGCCUCUUUCUCCUUCUUCUCAGAUCAUGAUUCUAGCUAUGACAAAGGAAGAGAAGGAUAA